AAACUUUAAGUAGUUUUUUUCCCACUUCUCCAACUGCUUAGGCAUGGAAAGGUUUUGUAAUUUUGUUUGUUUGUGGUUGUUAUGCUUGGUCAUUAUAUUGGACUGCAUUUCCUGCAAGGUGAGAAGCAGCAGAUGACUUCAACUGAAUCUAAGAAGGGAUGCUCGCUUUUGUCUUACAGGGUGUGUGUCUUUUUUUUUUUUUUUUUUUUCCCUUUAGGAUAGUCAAGUUUUCCACAGGCUUGGAAUACUUACUGAGUACGUUAUGGCCAAGCAAAGAGGGUGAGCCCAAUGCUGGCCACCUAAUUUCUGUAGUCCCAGAGGACUGGUCUAGUUCAGUUCUCUGCAAUCUCGGAAACUAGGUCAGUGUGUUCUUAAAGCUUUUUAUUAGAAAAAUGCUAGAAGUUAGAGGUUGACCUGAUCUCUGAGACUGAGCUUACCGUGAACUGCAACCUCUAAUGCUGGUUGCACCCUUGCCUGGCUUUGUUUUGUGUAUAUUGCCCCCACCCAGAUUUCUUAGCAGGAGUAUUUCAGCGUGCCUGCAUGGAGGGGAAGUAAGGGCAGGAGGCGUAACUUGUGCCACGUGACAUGUGUUAUCUUCAGUCCUUUUACCAGCACUGUGUUAUCUGUGGUCACGCAUAAGGAUGCAUGAAGCUUCAGAUGUUCUAGGUAUCAGUCAGAGCAUUCCUAGGUUUAUUUCAGAACACAACACAAGCAGCGAGGGCUUAAUCUCUCUGUUUAUCAUCCUAGGCUUAUACCUUCUGGUCUGCACAUCUUUUCUAUCUGCAAGAUAAUUGUUGUUCUGGAAAACAUUGACAAUGUGAGAGCUAAAUUCAGAGACUAUGUAGUGCAGGAUAUGGUUGGGGAGUGGGCAGAAAGUAAAGAUCGGUGAGCAGAUUUUGUGUCUUUAGCAGAUGAACACAGCUGGGGGAUUUCUCUUCUAUUUUUUCUUCUUUUCUCAUAAGUCUUUUCAGUGGGACAUGGCAAGCUUUUCUUUGUAGCUGUAGAUGGGAGAAGUUCCAAAGGUUGUGCGUGCAUCUUAUUCUUAAAAAGACACACACUAUGUACUACUGGUCUUCCUUGUCAAUGCUGUUUAGUUUGGGAUAACCCUUCUCCAUAUUGCCCUUUUCAAAAUGCGGCCCCAUCCCUUUUCUCUUUCUGCAGUCAGAAUUCAAGCCCAUUAUGGACUGAAACUGGCAUUUGGUUUUCUGCAAAAUUUCCUCAUUAUUUCAGUGAAGCAACUAUGUUUAAAGUCUGUAUUGCAAGUCCCAUUGUUCUUUCUCUACAAUUAAAGAAAUUGAUUUUUUCUGAUGUGUCUUCUUUUGGAUCCUCUCUUUUCUUCCUUUAUCCUACAACUUUAAAAUUAUGUUGAUUUUAUUUUGCUACAUCCUUAGAGAAUACUCACAGGCCCUGUUUUUUGAAACGGCACUACAUCUGGCCUUGGCAUUUUUCAGAGCAAAAAAUUCUUCAGCUGUGUGUUGCAAGCUGUGUCCUGCAUGGGUUGGUGUGGGUGAGGUCGGGCUGUGAUAGGACGCAAGACUUUGAGAAGGUUGGCCUUAAUUCUGGUCAUUCUGGUGGUUGGUUGCUUGCUUGCCACAGACGGGUCUCAUAGAAGGACUAAUGACACAUAAUCUUUUCCUGAAAAAGACAUGGGGGACCCCAAAGGGGUGGGAUUAUGCUCUGCUGAAAGUGGUAAAAUGUCUCAGUUUGUCUGGGAUGUGGGAGGAUCAUACGAGAUAACCUCUCUGCACCUAAUGUACCUAUUCUCCCAUGCCACACUUCAGGUGGUGAGUCUUUUUAACAAAAAUUAUACAAUAAAAUAAACAUAAAUGUUUACUUCAAUCUCUUUUAACAUUAUAUUGUAGUCACCGGGCUGUUCGAUCCUUUUGUGUCUCUGCUGCCUGAUGCUACUGUUGAGUCCCACCUACCGGACUGAGACACUUGCCUGGACAAGCAUAGUGUGAUUGCUGCCCAAAUAAUGCAGUGAGGAUUAGGAAGGAGACUGGGAUGAAGGGCAAUAUGAAGACAAGUGAAAUUAAAUUUUUUUGCAGGAUUUUUCUUUUUUUUAUUUAAGAACUUCAUAUUUUAUUUCACCAAAGAGAUUAUUUCAAGCCAGUAAGGCAGACUCUACUUUCUCCAUUCUCUUUCAGUUCCUGUGUCUGUGAAGAAUACAAUUCCCAGAUUUAUAACAUGAUCAUCCUGAGCCUAGUUUUUUGUGAUUUGGUUCUGAGGUACAAUACACAAGAUAAGUAGGGGACAGAGCUCACUUUCUGUUCUUCUGGAAGCAUGUCUGAAUUUUGCUUUCAGUCGUAUUCAUUUAUUAACAAAUGUUUUCUGCUCAAGUAGGUUCUGUGCAUGUUCCUACAGUUUCAGAAGCAUUGCUGUUUUCACAUCCUCUGAAAUUCAUAACCUCAAUCUUGCUUGUAAGCUUUUCAGAAAGACUUUGAAUGACUUGCUAGUAAUACAGAUAAUGGCCCUGGCCUUUAGGAUGCUGUGGCUUUUCUUUAGUUUGGUUUGGGUUUAAGUUACCUUUUGCCUUCUUAUUUUUGUUUCCAUUUCUAUUUUGACAACACAUUUGAUUUUGAAAAAGGGAGAAGCCAGUGUUUCUGUGGAGCAAAAUCCUCUAGAAACCUGUGUUGGCACUGAUUUUAUGGUGGGGUUUUUUUGCGUGCAAUGCACUGAUGCCAAACAAUAUCAUUCUUUUUUAUAUGAAAAGGCAAGGAGCUCUUUAGUAGGCAGAUAGCAUAGGCUCUCACUAAAAAGGUCUCAUUCUGAUUUUCUAGAGAUCGAUUAAAGCUUCAAGGUGGGAUCGUUUCUACUCUCCAUGAUAUUCACUGAGUGUUAGUUCCUCUAUCCUCAGCUGUUACCACUCUGGCUUUCCACACCUUCUUUCAAGGGAUACUAUGGUAGCUUUUACCUAGGGAGCUGUUACUCUGCUAAGCUUCUGAGUACUGUGUAUUUCGUUCAUAUGUUUUUACAGAGGAUACCUACUUGACAGUUCAACUUGAUUGCUUAGCAUUUAUAAAGCUAUGUGCCACGUGGCUUAACUAAAUCCAAAUUUAUUCUGAAUCUGAAUUUAUUCUGUGCUUCUAGGAAAACAAAACUGAUCUACCUAUGUGGGAUGCUAAUAUUAGCACAAAUGCUACUCUUUGGAGACAAGCCAUUGUCACAAAUUUGCUUUUAUGGGAAUAGCCUCACCCCUCUACCACUUGUCCCUUGCCAAAUGUUGCAAAAUCUCCUGGGUAGCAGUCUGUAGGAACUCACAUUGCACUAUAAAGACAGAAGAUGUUUGAAGCUAGAAGGUGUGUAAGGAAGCAUCAGCAACAAUUUUUCCCUCUGUUAGCAGUCAGGAGAACUCAGCUGUUCCCAACAGUCUCAUUACUUGUUAUUUCUCUGAGAGUUGUAGAAGUCAAUCUUUGAUAGUUACUCCUUUGGACAGGUAGAGUAGGUGUGGAUCAGUCAUGUAGCUAUACGGUGUCCAUUGUGUGUUGAGAACUGCUUAGGGCCUAGCUGAAGGCUGUUAACUUUGGCUACCAUCAGCAUUUCUGGCAUUUGAGUCAGAGUCAACAUCCUGGCUACCGGGAAGGACUGUGGCCAUUAUGAUUAACAGGAUGAACUGCUAGUGAAAAAAAAAUAUUUUCAGAGGUUUUUGUUUUCAAACACUUGAGAGGACAGGGAAAUGGAGGAGAAGACGGGCAGCUUGACAAAACUGCUAAAGGAGACGCUGAUUUCUUUACUGAUCCUCCCUGCCCCUCCCCAAGCCCUACUUUUUCCUGUUUGAAAGGUGGCAAAUACUGGUUAAGAUCUGUGAUCUGUAUUCAGUAGGGUAUGUUUGACCUAUGACUUCCUGCUUCUCAAGGGGGCACUGUCAGUGAUAAUUCACAAAGUAUUCCUGGUCCAUUACCCUUAGUAACAUCUUUUGAUGCUCAAUACUUACAUAUUUACUGAAACAGAGAGUGGAAAAAUUACUUAGUCACAGUAAACAGGGCUAUUUCCAGGGCUGUGAGACUCCUGAGGUCCCUUUUCUAGGGAAUAUGUCUUAAUUUUGUGCAAAGCUGUAAAGCUUCAAUGAGAGAUUGCAAUACACCUGCUCCCAUUCUGCCUGUGGCUUAAAUACAUGACAUUUGUGGUACUCUGCUGACAGGUGAGAAUGUAGGAACUCCUGUAGGAGAUGUGGUUAUUCAACCUGAGACUUCCAAACUUUCAGUGAAUGAUCUAAUGCUGGAGAGAAGAAACUGUGCUCCUGUUCAGUGUUGUCCUUUUUUUGUGACUCUGAACCUUCAUUUCUUGUUUUUCUGGUUCUGCUCAGUGCUCACCAGAAGACCCCUGGAUUGCUUCACCCUACCGUAUUGCCUCUCCAGGCAGGUACAAGAGUUAUUGAAGCAGCCUAGGGGUACCAGGGCUUGCAAUUGCAAGGCUUCCUCCAGUUGCCUAAAGAAGGCUUCAUCUACUUUUUCUUCCUGAUCAGGCUAAUGUAAGUCAGGUUUUGGACAAGAACUCCUGGAUCAUUACUGGACUCUGUUCAGGUAUGCUAGUUUUGUCACUAACAUGCAGUACAGAAAGCAUUAUACUUUUUCCUCUGUAUGUGACACCCUGCCUUCAGGAACAUAUUCCCUGUGGCUUCAGAAAUAUUAACUGAAAGUAGUCAAGGGUUUAGCAGCCUGGUCUUAAUUAUUUAUUUGAAAAUAGAGGAGAGACUAUGUUUUUCCUGGAGUCUCUCUCCCGUUGCAGGAUCUGAUGCUGGGCUCUUAUGCUAAGCAAGCAUUUUUUUUUAGCUUAGUCAGCUGCAGCCCAUUGAUUAGAUCUCCAUCUCCUCGUGGUUCAGACUGCACUGCAGUAGUUUGCAGUGCCUUGCUGAAGAUACUGUACAUGUGCAAGGGCGGCUCUGUGAGUCAGUGGGCAGAAAGAAGAUGCUGUAGGCAGGACAGUGCAUAGCCUGUUUAGAUGAGCAUGAUGAAGGCUGCAGAAAUGUGUCAGCUAAUUGAGAAAAGGUAUUUAUUUUCCAAAUGCCUGUGCAUAGUGUUAAAAAUAAACUUCACUGCAGUGAACAAGGUAUUAGAAAGAGGAGAGUAUGGUAUGUUUUUCUGCUAAGGAGUUUUUCCCCCACUGGAAAAUGAGCUGUAAAAGAACAUAAAGGAUAUUAACUCCUACAUCUUAAGACCCCAAAUAUUCCAACAUAGAACCCUAGGAGCUCUUAUGCUUACUUUGUACUUGAAAUAUAUGUAAAGCUGUAAUGUUAUGUAGGAGAUGAACAUUUUGCAGUCGAAUAAACAGAUCUGUAGAGCUGUAGUACUCAGAGUACUGUGUUAGUUUAGGAGGGGCUAUAAUUUUUGUCUUUAACUUUGUAUUGUGAAAAGGUAAUCAGAGAAAAGGCUGAAGCACAGCAUAGUCACAUUAGUUCACAGAGAGAUGGGGAAAAGAAAAAAAUGGACCUACAUCUUUAAAAAUAUUGCACGUGUGAUAUAUUUUAGAAAUGCCGUUUCUGUGGGAAUGGGUUAGUUAUAAAACAGAUUGUCAUGAAAAUUACAUAAUGGUUCUUGUUAUUAUUUUCUGUGUUGGAGUAGCAAAUUUGGACUUGAGAAGGGAGUUCAUGUUCUGGUUUAAAACGUUUACAACUACAGAAGGCUGGUGCAGUUGAAAUUAAAUGUAUGAAAACCAGACUAGCUGAUGGAUUUGAAAAUCUAUUAGCAAUCAGGGACUCGUGUAUCUUGUUAUAACCAGCUGUUUCUCUGCCUUCCUCCCCUGGAAGCCCUGGUUCAGUACAGGUGACCUCAGAUCAUCUACAUCAGGUUGUUGGUUGUUUUAUUUUACAUAGCAGUUCUCUGGUUAGAGCUCUUGUGCUACAGGGGUGAGGGAAAAGGAAGGAUAGCUCAGGCUGAAAUCCCAUAUAUGCCUUCGGGGAACUGAGAUCCCUUCUUCUAUUUCUAAGUGCUUUUACUGCCAAACUGCAGGGGGGAUACAAUACGUCUGAAUGUGUCAUUCCUUCUGGUCGAUGCUGUUCCACUUGAAGCUCUGAUUAUUCUUCCCACUGGACUACAGAGAGAGGAACAGAAAACUGUUACUGUGUGUGGUGGUGAGGGAGAAGGGGUUUCAAUCCCUGGGCAAGUGAAUGUUGAGUUGGAUUGCAGGUCGUGUCUCCUCUCCAUCAGGUAAGUGCAUUUGCUGCCAGGUUACAGAGUGCCUGUCAUACACUUUCUCUCUCUUGGUAAUAAAUAUUCAACUAUUCUGUGCAAAAGGGAUUCUUUCCAACAUGGGUGUUCUUAGACUUGCAUCUCAAAGCACCCUGUGGCUUAGGGGUGAGGGUGUACUCUGGAAGGAAGGAGGUGUGGCUUUCAUGUCUGUCCAAGGGAUGGAGAGAUCUGAACUUAGCUCUGCUGCAUCUCAGUGCUUGCCACGACUAUCUUUUGUCUUCUUCCUUUUGCUAGAAAGGGACCAUCUUCUCCAUCUAACUCCAGGAAAGCAUUAUGAGCUGUAAAUCCCAAACAAGAUACGACUAAUACUCCACAAUGCUCUCCAAAACAUUUCCAUUUCAGUGGUUCCCCUGCUCUGUGUUACAGCGCAUGAAAACUUCAUCUUUCUUAGCACUCCCCAUGCUUUCCAUGGGAAUAUUCUGUGCUACAUGUUCACCUAUGGGACCAAGCAUGUAAGAAACAAGUGCAGCUCUGAGGCCAAAAUUCUCUUGUUAAAAGUUGAAUGAUAAUUGAAUAAUAGGAUUACAGCUGGAAUAUGCUUUUGAUUAAAAAAAUGCUCAUUCUUAGCCCUGUUUCUAAUGAGAGAAAGGCAUCCUCAUCUCCAGCACAAGUUCUGGUGCAGGAAUUGCAUGAGACAGUUGGCCCAUGCUAUUCAGAAAGACAAAAUUAUUACUUGGGUUCUUUUCUGAUGUUAAAGUUCAUUGGAAAUUUUGAAUUCUCCUGAAGUAAAGAAGGAAAGGUGGUGUUUUAACUCAUCUCCAUUUGGUCUUUUGCUUUGGAAAGAAUAGUAGGAGACUAUUAAGUAGCUUUCUCAAAACUAAAUUUUGUGCAAAAUCUAUGGUAUUCUUAGAACUUGCACAUUUUUAGGGAAGAGGCGUACUGAGACUUAAGUAAGAAACUCCAUUGGGUUGAUUGCUUUUGAUUUAGUUGAUUUCUGUUGGAAUAAGUAUCUCUCACUUGACACCUUUCCUCAGUUUACUGAAUUAAGUUUUAAGGUUAUAUAAUAUAUUAUAAUAUUAGCUCUUGCCUCUGACCAGGGUGGCCUCAUGUUUCCAUACUGUGCCAUUCACAUCUUAAGAUACAGUGGUUGCUCAUGUAGCCUAAAAGCAGCACUGACAUUCAUUCAUUUCACUCUUUUCCAAACCUCCAUGCUGCAUCCCAUCACAGACAGCAGAGGCCCCGCUGUUUCUAGGCAAAGCACUGCAGCAGCCAUCAGGGAAGGGGAAGAUGCUUUAAGUUGGCAGCUGUGAAACCUGUAAAGUUGGCACGGCAGUGAUUGUAUGGAGAUUGCUGGUGAAAAAGCAAGGUGGUUGCAGAAAAAGCCAAACAUCUUAGUUCUUUUGGGCUCUUCUUUUGAGGCUGUGUUUGAUGCGUUGGCUUCCCAUCCGCUGCUCGUAACCAUCUCUGCUAUGAGUUGUGAGUGAGCCAUCACCAUGCUUCUGGGUUUUCAUUUUGUUUUGUGCUUUUGUUAUAUAUGGAAGUCCGAAUUACACCUGGUUUUCUUUUUUCCCUCAUGAUAUGUUUGUUUUUCAGCAGGAUCGUGACAGCUACCUAAAUGUGAUGGAGAGGCCUAGAACACUUGGGAUUCUGCCUGAGGGGCUGGCAGACAUUUGGGUGGUGCCAGAGACUGAUUUUGUCACUUCUGUGGUUUCAGAGGCAAGGGAAGGGGAGUUCUCUCAUCUUACAUUUUUGGCCCCAGCUCUCUGUCCAUUUCUGACUCCCCAUUGGGAUAAUAUAUGCUGCUAUCAUUAAUGAUUCUAUGAAGUGCUGCUGUUAAACUAGCAAGUCAAAAUACAUAUAAGAGGUGCAGAAUUUGUCUCACAGAAGAGGUGGAGAUGCACAUCCUUGCAUCUCCCCCAUGAGUCUAACUGAUGGAAGCAGAAGAUUCCUAGAAGUCACAGAGAGAUUCCUUUUAGUCCAGUUAAAGCUUCCUUUCGCUUUUCCUUCUUACCUCAACUUUUCCAACAAGUCAUUUCAAUCCAAGAUAUAUCUCCAAGUACUUCCAAUGAUCUGUGGCAUUUCCUCUCUCCCCUUACCACCUUCUCUUCGAUCUGCACUAACUUUCUUUUCAUUUUCUUACUGCUGGAAAUCCUUUUCCUGUUGCCAGGAGAGGUGGGUUAAUGAUCCUAGAUGACAGCAGGCCUGCCAGGGGCAAAGGUGGUGGAUCUCAUGAUGUGUUUGCACAGGCUUCCAGAAAGUUGGGGAGGAAUGAGUGGUCAUGUUCCAUGAGAGUACCACAGGCAUAAGAAACAGCAGGAGGAAAGUACUGGCAUCCAAAUAUAAGUUUUUAGGAAGGAAGCUGGAAACGGGGACAUUCAAAAUAUCAGUCUAGGGACCAGUAAGGCAAGAGGAAAAGUUUUAAUCUCUAUGUGUGAACUUCAUAUUAAGGGAGACAUUGUUGGCACUUAAAGAACAAAUGAUCAUGAGUGUUUGAACUGGAGAAUGAUGAAAAGCUAAUGGGUGCUAAAGAGCACAGUUUGGAUCAAUGCAUCCACUUUGUACAGGAUUUUGUUACCUAAUUCUUUCUUUGUCUGUAAGGUUGUGUACAUUGCUAGCAUAUUGAAAGGAACACAGAGUAUAAUUUUUGCUCUGUGGUAGUGAUCUAACACAUUCUCCCAAGCUAAAACUAAUUUUAAACCAAGCUUCUAACACAAUGCAAUAUAUUUCAUAUCUCUGUCAUCUCCCUGUGUAAUAAAUUACUUUAGCUUUGUGCUAGUCACAGUCUGAAUGCAGGAAGAUAUAUACUUUACCCUGAGUAACAUUUUUGAUAGUAAUACUGAUGUGGAAAAAUUAAAAAAUAGAUCAUGUAUGGUUUAAAAUUGUAUUUCAGCUUGCUAGCUUAUUACAUUCUUAUCAUUUUGGGGAUUCAAAUCAGUUGUGUUAUGUAUGAUUCCACAGUCUGAAGCUCCUAACUGUUACAAAUUCAGUUUUGUGUCAAAUGUGGACUGGUCUGGACAGCAAGGAUGCUUUAUCCAGGCUCUUUUCCACGGCUGGGCAAUGCAGUGGUGGGAUGAAAUUCAUUAACUGGAAGAAAUGAAGUGUGUAAAGAAAUCAUCUGGAAAACUAAUGCUGAUGAAUUCAGAAGAAAAGUCAGUAACAGUUGGGCAUACAGUAUGUGCUACAAUAAAUGCUCAUGCAGAAGCUGUUUGUUUAGAUGAAAAACAAGGUAUCUCCACAGCCAUGGAAAUAUUUGCUUGCAGGGAUUAGUGACACGGUCAAAAGGCAUGACUAAUUGCCUUAUGACUGACAGGGCAGUUAAAUACAGUUAAAAGAGGUGAAACGUUUAUGAGAAAAAGAUGCUGUUAACACAGUUAGCAUCUGCCUAUUUUGUUCAAAGCUCUAGAUGUCCUGUCAAAACAAUUGCUAAGUCUUGCUCAGUUGCAGUGCUCUCCCUUCGCUGAGGCAUAACAUGAGAGAGGAUUGUAGAGAGCACCCUUUGUGUUCAGCUGCAGGACUGGCUUGGUGAACUGUUUCAAGUUGGCUGUGGGACAGAUGCACAGUUAAAAGAUGGCUGGGGUUUUGGUUUGUUUCUGAAAGUGGAGUGGAAUACAUUUGCAAACUGCCUAGGGUUGGUUUUAGAAUAGAUCUAAUUAAAGACUGCAAAAAUAGCCUGUCUGCCAGAAAUAGUAAGUAUUGAUCUAAAAAGAUUUUCAGAGACAUUGCCAACCAUACUGAAACCGGUAUGUGUGGUACUUGCUUCAGUACAUACACAGUUGAUAAGUGAAGACACUGAAGUAGGGAAAGAACAUGAAAGACAAACACCCAUGGACUGCAAACAUGGAACAAUAUUUGAUCUGAAAACAUUACGGGUUACACACUAGAAUUGUUCACAAUACACUCUUAUUUUAUGGCUCAUGAAAAGUAUCCAAACGCACUGGCUUCCACUCAUAAUGGAAAAGAGGAAUGUCCUCUUGCUUUUGAAUAUGGAGAGGAUAUUUAUGGUGAUGGCUGAUUCCAACAGGUGUGUUCCAGUGGCCAGUAUUCUGCUUUUCAGGAACUCACAUCAGUGAAUGCACUGGAAUUCUGAAAAGUAUUUUGCAGUCAUUUGUCAGUGGGAAUCCUAAAUGUGUGCUCUGGGAGGAAUGAGGUACACGAUCAUGAAUAUAAUAUCUCAACUACUACCUGCUGCUAAAUAAGUAGCUUAUAGCUCAGGGUGGUGUACUGCAAGAUUAGAUGUUGCAUUAAGUGCAUGGUGUAUGCAUACGGGUUCUCCUUGUGGGCUAUUUGAUUAAUGUAAAGGAGUUGUAAGAUAGACUUGUAGGUUUUUUUUGCUCGGAGUCACUAUAACUUUACGAGCUGCAUUAUACGCCAUUCAGGUGUGUGCUAGUGGCACGGUGUUGGUGAACUUCUUUAAAAACCAUUUGAAGUUUGGGGUUUUUUUCUGAGAGUAUCAAAACUCAGAGCAACUUCCCUGUACCCAAAAGGAAGCAACUGAAUUGUAGGUAUUUAAACUGGCAGAAGGGUGCCCUAAAAUAAAAGUACAGAGUCUUAGGCUUAGUUCUGAAAGCACAGGCACAGCUGAAAGAACAAACAUGAAUCAACUGACCUAAGUGGGAUAAGUUACCCAAUUAGAGUCGUUAUUAAUGUGCUCAAAUUUCUUCAAGAGUAGGAUCUUAACAAGUACGUUUAGUUCUUUGCCCAAGCUUAGCCUUUUGAUGGAAGAUGUCUGGGCCUGAACUUGUUUUUGCCACAUGAAUUUUGGAAGCACUGCUGUUAACUCUGGUGCUUCUAGCUAAGCUGAAAAGAUUUGGUGGACGUCAUUAUUUAAAGGCAAUUUUUUUCAGGACAGUGACAUCUUCAGUAAGUGAAUUCACACGGUCCAAUGUUCUUGUGGGGGCAGCAUUGGAAAGAGCUGGAAGUAUUGCUCAGCUCCCAGAACAAAGAAAGCCUCCAGCUUGGAGGAAUAGUCACAGGAGGCCUUCUUCCCGAGGCCACUAUAUGAAGCCUUCACUUCCCAAGGAUGCAAAGAACAAGAGAACCAGAGAAAGAGAAAAUAAAGAUACAUAGUUUAGAAUAUCCUAGGAAGAAUCUGGAACAAAGCAAGAACUCUGCAAGCCAGAUAUUCUUAAUUUGUUUAAAUCUUACAGAGGAUGUUGACAAGCAGUGUCAGGGUCAUCUGACCUGUGUCAGAGUAGGGGAUCCCCAUUCUUGUCCUGACUGGGCUGCCCUAAGGCUUUGCUUAUCUCAUGUUAUUCAUGACUCAGUUUUGUACUUGCGCUUCUUUACUAGCUUUUCCCUUUACCUGGAGUUUAAAAAGGAAAAUAUGACCUUGGAUGAUGUUCUUAGCUCUAUGCCUAGACUAUUACUAUUCUAACUUAUCACUGUAAGCAGCUUGCUCUCUCUGUAAAAUAAGGUUUUCUAGAAACGCAGAAUUGGAGAAUGCUGUCUGUUUAGCUGGCUGCUAGAGCCAAUGAAAGCCGUAAGAGCUUUGUGUCCCUUGGGUACAUAUGAAAUAACAAUAUAGACGAGGAGUUCUCAGGAGUUAGCUGCACAGGGGAUUUAGUAAUCUGCUCUGUCUCUGAGAUUUUCUCUUAUCUCCCUUCAGCCUCGCAAUGUUGCUGGUUUUCGAGGAACAGUCCGCUACGCAUCAGUGAAUGCACACAAAAACCGAGAGAUGGGUAGACAUGAUGAUCUGUGGUCUCUCUUUUACAUGUUGGUGGAGUUUGCGGUUGGUCAGCUUCCGUGGCGAAAGAUCAAAGAUAAGGAGCAAGUUGGCAUGAUAAAAGAAAAGUAUGAACACCGAAUGCUGCUAAAACACAUGCCUUCAGAGUUCCACCUUUUUCUGGAUCAUAUUGCAAGCCUAGACUAUUUCACCAAGCCAGACUAUCAGCUAAUCAUGUCCGUUUUUGAGAACAGCAUGAAAGAAAGAGGCAUUACUGAAAAUGAAGCCUUUGACUGGGAGAAGGCUGGUACAGAUAUCUUGUUGUCCACUAGCACCUCUACUCCACCGCAGCAAAACACCAGGCAAACAGCUGCCAUGUUUGGGGUGGUUAAUGUCACUCCGGUACCUGGGGACUUGCUUCGUGAGAACACUGAGGAUGUCCUACAGGGUGAACAUCUGAGUGAUCAAGAGAAUGCUCCUCCCAUCCUCUCAGGCCGGCCAGCAGAAGGUCUUGGUCAGGCUCCAAACACUGCUUUCAAUGAGGCUGAAGUUUGGGAAGAGACAGAUGUGAAUCGCAACAAACUCAGGAUCAGCAUCAGCAAAACUCAGUGCAUGGUGGAAGAGGAGCAGAGAAAUGGUGUCUGCCCCAGUUCCCCUGUCCGAGUGCCUCCGGAGUCCCCUACUGCACAAGUGCGCUCCCUAAGAUACCGCCGUGUGAACAGCCCUGAGUCAGAACGCCUCUCCACUGCUGAUGGCAAAGCAGAUCUACAUGAAAGAAGAUCUCGAAUGGAUUUACCUGGCUCUCCAUCACGGCUUGUAUGCUCCUCCCAGCCAGCCCAGAUGCUGUCCAUUGAUACUGGCCAGGCUGACCGGCAGGCAAGUGGUAGGAUGGAUGUGUCUGCUUCAGUGGAACAUGAAGCCCUCAGCAAUGCUUUCCGCUCAGUGCCGCUCGCGGAGGAGGAGGACUUUGAUAGCAAGGAGUGGGUUAUCAUUGAUAAGGAGACGGAGCUGAAGGACUUUCACCCAGGUGCUGAGCCAAGCACCUCUGGAACCACGGAUGAGGAGCCUGAGGAACUAAGACCUAUUGAAGAGGGUGAGGAGAGAAGGCGCUUGGGGGCAGAUGCUGCAGUCAGGCCGAAGACACAUGAUGGGCGAAGUCGGGGUAUGCAGCCUGUGACUGAGGAGGACAGUUCCCACAGACAUGAAGGACCUUCUCAAACAGUAUCUGACAGUAAACAUGAACAGCAGACAGGAAGUCCAGCCCACUCCCCCCUACAUUCAGCACCAGCUAUCCGACAAAGGAGACGAGAAUCUGAACCUACUGGUCCUCAGAGACAGGCAUAUAUGCUGAAGUCGUUUGAAAUGAAUGGUCUGCCCAAGGCGGUGCCUUUAAGUUUGCCUUAUCAAGACUUCAGGAAAGAUGUGUCAGACUACUGGGAAAAGCCUAAGGUAUCCCAGCGGAUAAAGAAAGUUGAUUUCUCGAAUAUUGUCUUGACUGCUCCUUGCAAACCUCUGGAACCUUAUCUGGAAAUGAAUGGAAAAGAGGAGGAGGAAGAAGAUGAGGAAGAAGACGAGGAGGAGGAAGACGAGGAGGAGGAGGCGGAGGAGGAAGGAGAUGAGAUUGACAUGCACAGUGGUUCCAGUAGCGACCUGAGUCAAAAAAGCACAGAGCGCAGCCAGGAGUGCGCACCAUCCACGCUUCUGGCUGAUGACCAGAAGGGAUCCAAGGGUCGAGCGUCCACUGCUGAUGGUGACCUGGAGCUGGAGGAAGGCUCAAAAACACUAGUGCUGUUUUCACCAGGUGAUCUGAAAAAGUCUCCGGUGACCACAGACUUGGCUCCAGAAGUUGAUCUGGGCACUCUUGCUGCACUGACACCUCAGAGCGAGCGGCCACAGCCUAUGGGUAGCCAGCUGGAUGUAUCCGAGCCAGGGACCCUGUCUUCAGUCCUUAAAUCUGAACCAAAGCCUCCUGUGGCAGUGGCUACAGCUUCCUCGCCCUUUACCAAAGUUGAGCGCACAUUUGUUCAUAUUGCUGAAAAGACCCACUUAAAUGUCAUGUCUUCCAGCGGCCAGCUGAUGAGGCAUGAGGAAUACUGCCCUCCGGGGCAGUUUGAGGAGGUCAUUAUCGAAGAAGAGCUGGAGGACAACCUGGUGCUGGUAGAAAAUGGAAGCAUACAUUCAGGGCUAGAAGGGGCAGAGACGGAGAGCUGCGCACUUUCAGCUAAUCACAUUGAAACCACCUCAGAGACAGUGGGGGAGCAGCUGGCCAUUCCCAAUGGUGUAGCAAAGCCUCCCGAGGACAAGCCAGAGCUCUCCAACAAAGUGGUGCUCUCACUGGAUUUGGAAGAGCCUGGCAAGAUGGUUACAAGGGAGCCUGACCUUGAGAAGUCAACAUCGGUGGCAGAACACCUUAAGCGAGCAGAGACCCUCCUCAACACACCACAGCAGGGCCCCAGGAGACCUCUGGGCUCCAGGUAUAGAAGUCGGAUACCCAUUUUGUUCUCUGAGGAGGACACUGGCUCAGACCUUUCAACUUCACUCUCAGCCAAAGAGAGGCUUUAUAAGAGGGCAAAGCAACCUGACUUGGCUCGCUUAGUGAUGGAGAAGAGGCAAAAUCGCCUCCUUCGGCUGGCCUCAGGGGCCUCCUCCUCAGCGUCCUCCAGCGACGAGAGGCGGCGGGCCUCAGAAACCCUGUCAGCCACUGCUUCUGAGGAGGACACCCACGACUCUGAUGACUCCAUUCCAAGGAAGGCAGGGAAGGAGAAGGCUGCCCUCCUGGGGAAAGAAGAGAGACCCAUAAGCACAAAGAGCAGAAUUCCUCGGCCCAUCACGCCAGUGAAAACACCACUAGAGGCGGCAAAGUCUGAGAGCUCCAUGGCCAUCACAAUGGCAGUGCUAUGUAGCUCCCCGCAGGAUGCAGCUGUUGCCUACAGGCUUCAGGCACAGAGACCAGCUGGAAGUGUCCCAAAUGAGUGCCGAACAAUGCAGAUACAAAGUCGACUUCCUCCUUCACCCAGCUCCACUUCUCUUCCUCCACGGAGCAACUCACGGAGGUCCAGCUGUGCAUCCCCUCGGAGCCCUGUCCUUCCUUCAAGAAACCCCAGUGCUUCCCCCAGAAGCCAGCUGCCACCUCGGAGGGAAAGUCCUUCUCCCUGCCGACAGCAUAAGCCAGGGACUGCUCUUCAGCGAGUUCCUCCUUCUCCCCGACCUCAGCCCCCAGCUCAGGCCCUGGGGCCGACAGGAGAUUCCCUGCCCUCUCCUGGUGUGGCCAAAAAACGACAAAGAGGAAAAACCCAGACUCAGAGUCCAGCAACCAAAGGAAAGCAGGUGUCCCUGGAAAGUAAGGCAGCUGCCAGAUAAUGACCUUCUUCUGCCAGCCCAACAGACUGGGUAACUUCUGCAUAUAGUAUACACUUGAGAUGCUGCAGCACAGCCUUCCAUGCUGGACCCACGAGUGUAUAGCAGUAGCUGUACUUCAAUGCUUCACUCACACUCACCCCACACUGUCGCGAUCAGCUCCCACAGGCCUGAGAGCCUCUGAGCCACGGAGCCUUCUUCAAGGGAGACUUCCAGCCCGCAGCUCACGCUUGCUAACGCACAGCACCAAGCAGUGACCCAGGCAGCCUGCCUAGUGCCUGACCCUCCUCCCUCCCCAGGCAUUCCCCUCUCACUGUUAGCAAUACCAGUCGCCAACACCGACCCUGGCUUUGGAAAGAGGAGCAGAGGUGACAAGAGCCAGGUCUGCUGGAGAGGAAGGCUCCUGUCCUGCAGGCAGCUCCGUCCUCUCUCCUUGCUGGGAAAACACCAGCCUUGGCCACCACCAUUUACCUGAGUGUUGGCUUGCCUCCUGCCACCUGUAUUAGCAAGGGAUUGUCACCAGCUUAGCCAAGAGGCAUGGAUAUGUCCUUGUGUGCUGAAAUAAGAGCAGGGGU